AUGGCUGCGAUGAACCUUAUAUCCGAUUUGAAACCAUUCAAGUCUAUGUGGAAAGUUAAGGUGAAGAUCAUCCGUUUAUGGAACCAGUAUUCUGCCGCUGGUGGUGAAACCAUUGAGAUGGUCUUCGUGGAUGCCAGAGGAGACAAGAUACAUGGAACUGUAAAGAAAGAAGAAGUUGGUCAAUUCAGAGAUUUGCUGAAGCAGGGUCAAACCAAAGUUCUCAUCAAUUUCACGGUGACUAAUACCGGCGGUUCUUAUCGCUCAACGAAGCAUCUAUACAAGGUUGUUUUCCUACCGACGACCCGUGUCCGUAUAUGUGAGGCGUUGCCCAAUAAUCUGACUGGAAUGGAUCCGGUCAACUAUCGUGAUGUGCUGGAUGGAACUCUUAAUGAUGAUUUCUUGGUUGAUGUGAUCGGGCAAAUUGUGGAGGUGUCUCAUAUGGAGGCCGUAUCAGUGAACGGCAAGGACACUCAUAAGAUUACCUUGGAACUACGCAAUCACAAGGAUGAACGUCUACCUUUGGUUUUAUGGGGCAAGUUUGCGGAGGAGAUAAGUAAUGCUGUCCAGAUGGAAGGUCAGAACAAAAUUAUAUGUGUUGUUCGGUUUGGAAAAAUCAAAGUGUGGAAAGAAGAGCGUAGCAUCUCCAAUGCAUACAAUGUUUCUGACGUCGCGCUAAAUCCUCAUAUGGAUGAGGUCGAAGCCUUUAUGCGUCUGUUGCCAAAAGAUGAUUUGUCACUUACUAUUGUUGAGCCUAAACCUCUCGCUUUGGUUUCCGGUGUGUCUGAAAGGGAUGACUUCUUUAUUCGUACCCCUCGGAAAACUAUUGCUGAGGUGUUGGAGUCCAAACAGGUCUGGACAGUGCCUAAUGAUACUAUCGAUGAUGAAGAUGAGGACUAUAUUGAGACAGUCAAGUAUUACUGCCCCAAAUGCAAAACUUACAGUCCCAAACUCUUGCCAAGAUACAAGUUGCAUGUUGUUGUCCUUGACAAUACUGCUAAUUGCAAGUUGCUCAUGUUUGAUAAUCUUGCACAACAACUUUUGCACCGGCCAUGCAUUGAACUCACUGGUCCGAUAAACAAUGAGGAUCCUGACGAGGUGCCUCCCAGUCUUACUGAUCUGGUGGGAAAAACUUUUCUGUUCAAGAUUGGUAUCGAGAAAGAGAAUUUUACUUACAAACAAGACACCUUCAAGGUCCUCAAGAUUGUUACCAACCUUGCAAUGAUUAAUGAAUUUGACUCCACCGACUCGGCUAUGGGAAGUGAGAACACAUUUGGUGGGUCGUUUUCUGCUCUUUCCGAUGCACCUGAGGGGUCUCUGAUGUGUAAUGGUGGUUCGUCUUGCAAAUCCGAGUCUUCCGAUUUUACUCCCGCCAAGCGCAUUGGAACACCCAUCAUUACUUUGGACGACGCAGUUGAUCAGAACUCUGUUACAAGAGUAGCGUGCAGUAAAAAGGUGAAGAAGGAGAAGAACGAAUUCAGUGGCUAG